AUGAGCUUCGCCGGAGUCGGAACGCGAGUGGAGAUGACAGCUCACUGGGCAAGGUUUUCUGGAAAAAGUUAUACUCGUUUUUGUUUAGGUUACGGAGAUUUCGCCGGUUUGGGAAACUUCAACAACUUCGAAAGCACUGUCGAUCAUCAACAGCCAUCUCACGUUGCUAUGGAUGAAGGAGCUACUCCGCAACCGCUUUCUGGCAAUGGGCGUCGCUCGGGCAAUAGUAACUACAGUUUGCAACAAGAAAUCAUAUGGAUAAAGCAAGACUCAGCACAAAUUCGUAAUGCUGUGGUCCUGUUGGAGAAGGAAAAGGAUAACCUACGGCAAGCAGUUCGGAAGCUCAAAUUGGAAAAUGCGCGAGUAAAGCAGAAGAUGAAACGCAUGCAGGAAACCAUAAAUGGAUUGAGUGGGGCAUCAGCGGAAACGGAUAACCUCAAAGUUGGAGCCACGGAAGCUGAUCUCGAUUAUGACGAUAUCGGUCGUGAUUUCAUACUUGUGGGAGGCGCCCAGGAUCCUCUUAGUCUGAGAUUCGAGGUAUCGAUCCGUGACGACCGAGGUGUCGAACACAAAUCGGCUGAGCGUUAUUAUUGGUACAAGAUGGCAGAACAUUUCGGCGACUCGGAAACUAUGGCUAAAAUCCUUGAUGCGCCAUCCACUAUAAAGGCUGAAGAAGCAAUGAAAGACAUUAAAGGUUUUGAUGAAGCAAAGUGGAAUGAAGUAAAAAUGGGUGUUUGGGAAGCCGGCCAGCAUUUGAAGCUGGAGCAGACUCGCUGGAUUGCCAAUUUGUUGGUCUAUACCGGAAAAACAUAUAUUGCUGUUGCUUCACAAGACAAGGUUUUUGGUACUGGUUGGCGUAAAAAUCGUGACGAAGCCAACAAGCCGAUUUUUUGGGAUGGUGAAAAUCAAGGCGGAAAAGCUCUCAUGCGACUUCGACAGCAAAUCAAGGAGGGACAUUCAUGGUCGGGACCGUAUGAGGAACAAGAGAUCGAGAAACGUUUCAACGAGUUGAAGAAAUACGUUUGGCGCCGUAUCGAUCCAGCUCGUCGCUUAGGACUUCUGCGUGGCCGCGGGCGCGGGUUCGGGCGCCGCGGUGGAUAUGGUGGGCGUGGUUAUGGAGCGCCAAGUGGUGGUUUUCCACAAGCCGUUCGUCAUUAG